CUCAGUUGCAAUGCUAUCGACCGGUUUAACUUGUUCCGCCGUAGUGGAUAUUGCAAAAAAAUCGCCACAGUAAAUAAAUAUCGUAAUCGCAUCAGGGAUUUCAUUCAUUCACUGCAGUACUACAAAUCGAAAUAGAAUGAUCAGAUCCACGACGUACCUCUGGCUGAUACUAUUGUUUAGUUUUUGGAUCCAGCAAAGCCAAGCCGUCACCCAUGUCAUCUACGAGUUUCACAUCCGUGAGGCCGGCGCUGAAAGGGAAGAAAAGGGCGAGCUUAAAAACAAUUCUACAGAUUCUCGAGCGGAACCGGAACUAAAAAUCACCGGAAAACGAUACGGAUCUUCAGUUAUUCUCGGCAAAAAUCCCGAAAAGGAUAAUAAUUAUAUUUUUGUGGAAAAUGCCACUUAUUUUGCCGAUGACAGUGGCUACCACGUGAAAUACAACUACACCAUAGAACGUGUCCCCGACCUCGAUUCUCGGCUCAAUGGACAAACUCUUAAGACAACCGUCGGUUAGACGGAUCCGGGGAUCUAGAGUAUAUGUUUUAGAUUAUUUAUUCAGCAGCGUUGUAGCCAAAGUGACAUUGUGAAGUUUCGAAAGCAAGUUUCAAGCCAAGUGACAGUGCAUUAGGAGGAAAAGUUAUGGCUUCCUGACUUGGCUUUGGCCCAAAAGAGCCACGGGCCAAAAUAAUUUAUGAAUAAGUAUAUAGUAUAUGUAUUAGUGUUACAAUUGCGGUCAAAACAAUAGCGGCAAUUGAAUUAAGGUAAUUGAUUAAAUACUAGAAGACCAAAUUAACUCUUUAAGGAGGCAAUAGAUCAUUAAUUCGAACCAAUCAUUAACUUUAUUGGCAAGUCAUUGAAAUGUUUAAUAAUUUCAUCUAUUAAUUAGCUUUAAUUUUAACCGCAACAAUCUUUUGAUAAAAAAAAAAUAUUUUCUUAC